GAUGCAAAAGAAGAGUUUUGCCCCCCUAAUCCUGCCGUGGGAAUGCGGAGAGGGAAAAACCUCGCAGUGCGAUCCUAUGUACAGGGGUGCUCGUGGGUUCACGGAAUUCUGUGUUUCUAGCAGCAGAAGUCUAUCAGCCAUCCAACUGUGAGUCAUCUUCCCUUGGGUCUCAUGGAACCAGUCUCAGUUUAAGAAUUUAAUAAGUUUUCAUCAAGCAAGGAAUUCCCUGUGCUUUAAUGCCACGUAGGUGGUUUUCACCUUAAAGCAGUCAUAAGGAGCGGCCUACAUAAAACGGUGAUUCCACUUGACCCCCCCAUUUCCUCUAGAUUUUAAGGUGUGAUGCUCCAGCAUCCCUAAUAUAGAGACUUCCCUAAUCUUCUUAGUUAACAGGCAAGGGGAUUUGAGCUCAAUCAUGGAUGACUAUGAUAUCAGGUCCGCUGCCAGCAUUUUAGCCUCCGUUAAAGAGCAAGAGGCUCGUUUCGAGCGGCUCACCCGGGCCCUUGAAGAAGAGCGGCGCAAUGUCUCCCUGCAACUUGAACGUGCCAAUCAGCCCUCGGACCGAGUGAACAUGUGCAACAUUGGCAGCGGCCAGCCCUUAGCCACUGCCUGGCAGCAGCUGGUCCUGCAGGAGCAAAGCCCCAGUAACCAGACAUCCAUAGCGAUGAUGCAGGAACCCCAAGAAAUGGUCGAAGAAACCGUUACUGUAGAAGAAGAUCCGGGCACCCCAACCUCGCACGUUUCUAUAGUAACUUCAGAAGAUGGGACCACGAGGAGGACCGAGACUAAGGUCACAAAGAUGGUAAAAACGGUCACAACAAGGACAGUCCGCCAGGUCCCGCUGGGUCCUGAUGGCCUCCCUGUGAUGGACGGCUCGUCUCCCAUGGGCAGUUACACAGACUCUAUAGACAGGAGGCACAUGAAGAACGGGGAGCGCUACAUCACGCCACAAGCUUCUUCCACCUUGACCCGCUCUUACAACAGUUACAACGACUCCUAUCCGGACGGUCACGACAGCCAGUAUCGCCCUUUCAUGGGUCACGAUGGCUACGGGGAUCUCCCCGACAACUAUGGCAGCUUGUCCCGCGGCGUCAAUUACCGUCCACGUUACGCCUACGUCCCUGGGAACAGUUACCGGCCUGAGGACGGUAGUUUCACCUUGCCGAGCCGAAGGGAUAACUACGGCCCCCUGCCCCAGCCUCAGGUGCCCACGGGGAGCAAUGCGGAUUUGAACCGCUCCCAGCCGGAGCGAUUCCAGCCGGAGCCAUAUGGGCUCGAAGACGAUAACCGCAGCCUUGGGGUUGACGAUGAGGGGUACGAACUUGAUCCGGAGUACUCGACAGUCAACCGCAGGGCGUCGGCUGGGAUGCCUGAGAGGGGAAGGCCUCAUAAAGGAAGGGGCUAUGAGGAUCCUAUUGAGACUGAAAUUGUUGACGAGAGGAUUCCAUACCUGCAUGGUACUUAUGCGGCGCCUUUGGCCCAGCCCGAACGGGGGAGCAUGGCCAGCAUCGAUCGCCUGGGCAAGCGUUCCCCUUCCAUCGACAGCAUCCGCAAGGACCCCCGGUGGCGGGACCCAGACCUCCCUGAAGUCAUUGCUAUGCUCAGUCACCCCAUCGACCCCGUCAAGUCCAACGCGGCGGCCUACCUCCAGCACCUCUGCUACGAGAACGACAAGAUUAAGAAGGACGUGAGGCACCUCAAAGGGAUCCCCAUCCUGGUGGGCCUGCUAGACCAUCCAAAGCCAGAGGUGCACCGCAAAGCUUGUGGUGCGCUCCGCAACAUCUCCUACGGAAAGGAUAACGAGAACAAAGUGGCGAUAAAGAACUGCGACGGGAUCCCGGCGUUGAUCAGGUUGUUGCGGAAAACCAACGACAUGGAAGUGCGGGAACUCAUCACAGGGACCCUUUGGAAUCUGUCAUCCUAUGAGCCCCUGAAAAUGGUGAUCAUCAACCAUGGUCUCCAGACGCUGACCAAUGAAGUGAUUAUUCCCCAUUCUGGUUGGGAAAAUGAGCCAAAUGAAGACUCAAAACCUCGAGAUGCGGAAUGGACAACAGUCUUCAAGAACACUUCAGGAUGUCUGAGGAACGUUAGUUCAGAUGGCGCCGAAGCACGCAGACGGCUCCGGGAGUGCGAGGGCUUGGUCGAUGCCCUCCUUCACGCCCUGCAGUCGGCUGUAGGCAAGAAAGAUACGGACAACAAGUCUGUCGAGAACUGUGUAUGCAUCAUGAGGAAUCUCUCCUACCACGUCCACAAAGAGGUCCCCGGAGCUGACAAAUACCAGGACUUCGAAGCCAACCAGUCCGGAGGCCUUGGGGGGACCCAGAAGAAGCGGAAAGACGACGCCGGCUGCUUUGGUGGGAAGAAAGCCAAAGAGGAGUGGUUCAAUCAAGGAAAGAAGAAUGGGGAUGCGGACAGAAAUUUUGAUACACUGGAUUUGCCAAAGCGGUCUGAAUCAGCAAAAGGGUUCGAAUUGCUCUACCAGCCAGAGGUGGUGCGGCUUUACCUCUCCAUCCUCACAGAAAGCCAGAACUUCAACACAUUGGAAGCGGCGGCGGGCGCUCUGCAGAACCUCAGCGCUGGGAACUGGACCUGGUCCACCUACAUCCGGGCGACUGUACGGAAGGAGAGAGGUCUCCCGGUCCUUGUGGAGCUCCUUCAGUCAGAUUCGGACAAGGUGGUGAGAGCCGUCUCCAUUGCUUUGAGGAACCUCUCCAUGGAUCGCCGAAAUAAAGACCUCAUAGGCAGCUAUGCUAUGGGCGAGCUGGUCAGAAAUCUGCCUAGCCGACAGCAGAGAUCUUCCAAGAACCUGGAGGAGGACACGGUGGUUGCAGUUCUGAAUACAGUCCACGAAAUCAUUACUGACAGCUCCGAGAACGCCAGGUCCCUGAUCCAGACGCAAGGCAUCCAAAAGCUGGUUGCUAUCAGCAAGUCAAGCCAGUCCUCCAGGGAAACGAAAGCCGCUUCUCAUGUCCUGCAGAUGACCUGGAGUUACAAAGAGCUACGGAGCGUUUUGCAGAAGGAAGGCUGGAACAAAUCUCAUUUCCAGUCUGCGUCGGCUGCUCCUAAGGGAUCCAAAGGCACCUCUUGCAAAUCAGGCUACGAUGACAGCACUCUGCCUCUCGUGGAUAAAAGUCAAGAUAAUGAGAAGACUGGAAGUCGGGAUAUGAUUCCUAUGGAUGAACUCGGACCAGAUGGCUACUCCACCAUUGAUCACCGAGACAAGGAGCGGAAUAAAUAUAAGGCCCAUGAGAACAUGGGGGAUGCGUCAGAGAAAGAACCAUUAAAAAAUGACACAAAUAGGAAAGCCAUUAACAGGAGUAACAGGGCUUCGGUGACUCUGGUGGAUGCCCGUGACCCUAAACCCCAGCCUGUUGACUCCUGGGUCUAAUUUGCAUGCAUGGGCUAAAGUCCAGCUGCUCGUUUUAUUAUUCUUAUUCUUAUUAUUUUUCCUCGACUCGAAAAAGAACCAACACACAGGAUCUCAUUAAAACCAUCACUGCCAUUCAGAUUCGGAGGGCCUUGGCAUUCGCGUUGGGAGGAACCAACCAGGCUGCGGAUUGAGUGAGGGUGGGGAGUGGGCGCCGGCCCCGUCAGCCAAUCCUGGAGCAGCAUGCCUUAACGCAAGGAUCGUUCUGCUUCUGGAGAACCAAUCGCAUUCCCGACCGCCCAAACCUCCCCUCACCCUCUCGGCUUCUGGCAGGAGAAGGGGGGAGUCAUCUGAACGGCAAGCUUACGUCAAAUGGAUUCAGUUCUUAGUUGACUCUUCUAUGUGGAUGGUGCCAAGUUAGGAGAUGAAGGUUAUGAGGUGGGAAAGACGACGACAAAGGAGAAGAAGAAGAUUUCGCGUGUGAAAGAGAAAAAAACCCUACAGAAUAUCCCAAGUAUAUCUUAGGUAUAGUAAUGGAAAAUAGCACUUUUCCCCCCUUUCGUUGUCCCUUUUUGAACUGUGAAUUUUUAAAGAAAAUUAGCAUUGACGAUUUUUUUUUAAUUUUGGUGAUCUAUUGUGGAGGUUUCGUUCUUUGAUCCAUGGGAAAUGCAGAAUUGUUGAGCUGAGUUUGAUGGAUUUUGGUGAAAGGAGCGGAAAAAAA